GAUCAUCCCCUCACCUCAUUCCUAGAUGAAUUAGGGCGAUGUUUACGGGCUUCAAUAAAAGAGGAGUUUCCACGCCUUCCAAUAUUCUCGUUUCAUGCUGCUCGUCUAAUCAAAACAUUUCGUCCACAGUAUGCGUUUUCUGAGAUCUUUGACUGAUUGCCCACUCCGCAUUACCAACGCUCGCCCUUUGCACGUUUAUGGUGUACUUAAAAGGAGGAAUCCUGUUAUGCGGCAGUUGGGGCAGGCAAGCAUUUUGAAUUUCAGAAUGUACGACAAAGUUGGAGAGGCAGUUGUGGUGGAAUCCGUUUUUACAUGAAGAUUUGAAUGCAUGAAAUGAAUUUACUCAUGCAGGCUCUCCUUAUUUAAAGCCGUUGAGCCCAAAAAUCUCGUGGGUUGAAAAAAUGGCGACCGGCGGUGGUACAUAGUUGGGCAGGUCAUUAGUACUGUGAAACGUAGUGGUCACGGUCGAUUUAUCAAUACAUUUUAAAAAUCUGACAAAGUUUUGUGCUGGACCGUUACAAAGAUUAGAUGCUGCAAUUAAUGACCUAACCGCUUCCCUGCAGCCCAAUUAAUUUUGACACCCAUCUGUAAUCAAAAUCUGAUUCUUGGGUAAAUCUCUGCUCUGCAUUAGGAAGGGAUUUGGGUCGGGCGUAGCAAUGUAAACUGCGGUCUUUGCUGCAUUAGAGGGGAGCGGUGAAACUUUCAGAUCCAAUUAUUGUGAGGUUUUAAGGCAGAUAUGAAGACUCCAAUAAAGCUGAGCAGAAAUGCGGUUAUUUUGAUCAUUUUGGGAAAUUUCGCCGUAUUGGUUUUGAUGACAUUGGUAUUUCUCUGCUAUUACUGUAGAAGAUACUGCAGAAAUGGGGCGGAGGGAAAGGCUGAAAAUGUUUUGGAUAAGGAGAAAAUGGCGUAUUCCUCUUAUAGCCGCAAUAUCUCUCAGCAACUUCCUUGUGAAGAUCGAGGAAGGCUGGUAUUCUUACAUGGGCCGAAGCAGUUUGAGGUGGAGGAUCUUCUUCGGGCUUCUGCAGAGAUGUUGGGAAAAGGCAGCUUUGGGAGCGCCUACAGAGCUGCUCUUGAGGAUUCCUCUGUUGUUGUGGUUAAGAGAGUGAAGGAUGCUUUUGCAAGUAGCAGAAAAGAGUUUGAGCAGCAUAUGCAACUGCUAGGGAGCCUGAAGCAUGUCAAUCUGGUGAGCUUGAGGGCUUAUUAUUAUGCCAAAGAUGAGAAGCUGCUUGUUUAUGACUAUCUUCCCAAUGGCAGCCUUUACUCUCUUCUUCAUGGUAACAGGGGUCCAAACAGAACACCCCUGGACUGGACCAGGCGAUUGAAGAUAGCAUUGGAUGCGGCUCUGGGGUUGGCAUAUCUUCAUCGUUCAGGCUUGAUUCAUGGAAAUGUGAAAUCCUCUAACAUUCUGCUGGACAAACAUGGAAAUGCAUGUGUUGCAGACUUUUGUCUUAUGAGGCUUGUUAAUCCUUCCAUAGCUGCCACUAGAUCUGCAGGGUACAGAGCGCCAGAGCAGAUUGACAAUAAAAAAGCCUCCCAAAAGGCAGACAUCUACAGCUUUGGAGUGGUGCUCCUUGAGCUUCUUACAGGGAAGAGCCCUGCUCAAAAUAGUUUACAGGAUGAAGGGGAUUGCAUAGAUCUUCCCAAGUGGGCUCAGAGUGUUGUGAGAGAAGAGUGGACUGUGGAAGUGUUUGAUCUAGAGCUGUUAAGGUAUGAGAAUAUUGAGGAAGAAAUGGUGGCCAUGCUUCAGAUUGCCCUUGUUUGUGCUUGUGGGCAAGCCGAACAAAGGCCUAAGAUGAGCCAUGUGGUGAAGAUGAUCUACAACAUUACAUCAGAUCGUCAUCAAUUCCCCUUCAAUUCUCCUCCUUCUCCAUCCCCAUCUAAUUCUCCUCUUCUUGAUGCCGCUUCCCAUUAAGAUUUUGUGAAGUUUUUGGUUUAAGUUUUUGUACAGUUUGACUUACAUUGUAAUCUGAAUGCUUUUGGAACAAGGUGGAGGCUUGUAUUUAGGCAAUUUUUGUUUCCUAUGGUAUUAGAUCUAGAGGCAAGCUAACUCCAAUACUGUGGAAUGAAUGAUUCGCAGCAGAUUUUACAUUC